AUGACUGUUGGAAUGAGCAUGGAUGGAAUAAUCGCAAACAGUAAGUCAGAUGUGCAACCGUGUAUACAAUGUAAAGCUGUGAACGUCUGUCUCCACAUGCGCACAAUCAAACCUGUAGGACGACACUUCAUCCUCAAUUUGCCCAUGUCGGACACGUUAGCAAAGCUCGGAAGCUUUUCUGCAAAUGAGCCAGUUGAGAUUUUCGGAGUUCGAUGGAUACUUAUUGCUUUCGCGGCACUGGGACAUCUGGGCAACCAAAUUAUUGCAUUUGUUGUCCUGACUAUAAAGAAGACGAGCACGUCCACCACUGAGCAGCGAUUCAGCUCAGUCCAAGCACAACCUUCUUCAAUCAAGGAAGAAGUCGAUCAAGACAAAAACUACGUGGAAUCAACCAAAAAAUUGGACCAAGAAAAGGACAAAAAAGAUAAUCCAUUCGGGCAGCAAGUCAAGAAAACAUACAGAGUUGAAGUCGACAAUAUUCGAAGAAGUCGUUGGAAGGACGAACAUCAAACUCUUUAUGCAGUUUAA